CAACCGUACCGUGUACAACAACUAACAAAUUGAUGGCCUGAUCAUACUCUAAAUUCGCUGCCUAAUGGUAGAGCUAGCCCUGCCUCUAGUGUUAGCUGCUGCUGCUGCUUUUACCACCUGCUGGAGUAUUUUAUUACUCUGCAACGAGUUACCACUUUGCAUUCGGAGAAAUAUUAUUCAUUUUCUGGCAUUACUCCCAGUCACUAAUAUCCUCAUGACCUUCCCUUGUAGUGCUGUAUCCUUAAGGCCAGGAAUAGGCAAUAUUUGUUGGGCAGUGACUCCCUUAACCAUUGGCUAGAGUUCUUGGGCACUGAACUUUAGCAGCCUCUCAAAGGGUACUGCUAAAGUUUUCCACUGCUGCUUAAGGCCCAUAUGAAAUAUAAGACAGCUGUGAUAUGGAAGUGAACUGUAUUUGUUCAUGUCUUGCAUGUAUGAAUUGCUUCAUCACUUUAAAAAAGAAACCCAAGUUAGUAUAGCACAAAACUCCUAAGAUUGCAUAUAGUGGUGGCAUUGAGAAGCUUUGUUCCUUGUAUCUGCCUUUUUAAAGAAUAUAUUACUGACAGCUUAAAUUAUUACCUAAACCUGAUGAGCUCCUUUAUCUUCAUUUUCCUCUCCUCAGGACACAAUGGUUCUUAAAGAGACGUGUAACAGCAGUGAUGGGAAAACGGGGACCACCUUGGCUGGAAAAUGCCAGGCGGGUGCUGGAUGCUGGACAGCUCACCAGACUACUUCUGUUUUUUUCUUUUUGUAGAGCAAGAUCAGUUGUUUUCUGGCUAUGAGCAUUUGUCAUACUGUCUGCUGCUUUAGAAAGGGAUGGGCUGCCAGCUGAAUGAGGAACCGUACUUGCCAUAAAUCUGUGAUAACUCUCCUUCACAGUGAAACAUUUAUCUUGAGAUCUAUUGUAAAGGGCCCUACAUUCAUGCUGGACAGAACUGAGAUACAGUCACCGCUAUUUAUCUGAGAUCCUCCAAUGAAUUCAGGUUUCAAAUAUCUGAGCAUCAACCAGGUGUCAUUUUUUGAACUAAAAUGAAGGUUUUGCUGGUUUUUGAUUUUGACCAUACAAUUGUAGAUGAAAACAGUGAUACCUGGAUUGUGAAAUGUGCACCUGGUUCAAUGCUUCCUGAUGAAAUAAAAAACUCCUAUCAAAAAGGACACUGGACAGAAUAUAUGGGCAGAGUCUUCAGAUACCUGGGGGACAAUGGAAUAAGAGAAGAGGAGAUGAAAAAGUGUAUGACAACUAUCCCUUUCACUGCAGGAAUGAAAGAUCUUCUAGAUUUUAUUGGCAAACAUAAAGUAAUUUUUGACUGCAUAAUUAUAUCAGAUUCCAAUGCAGUAUUCAUUGAUUGGAUUUUAGAAGCUGCUAAUGUCUGUCCUCUCUUUGAUGAAGUGUUUACAAACCCUGCAGGUUUUGAUGACUGUGGCUAUCUUACUGUACAGAAUCAUCAUGCUCAUGAUUGCACAAAGUGCCCCAUAAACCUCUGCAAGAGAAAAGUCCUAGAAGGAUUUCUAGAAAAUCAUUUAAAGCCUAGGGUGAAAUACUCAAAAACCAUAUAUAUAGGUGAUGGAGGGAAUGAUCUAUGCCCUGUAAGGUGCUUAAAAAAGAGUGAUGUUAUCAUGCCAAGACAUGGGUAUAUAUUGGAAAAAAUGAUUUCCAAAUUGUCUCAAAAUCUUGUUCCAGUGGAAGCAUCCGUUGUUGUCUGGUCAUCUGGUACUGAGAUACUGGACUAUUUAGAAUUGCUUAUAAAAGGAUAAUUCUAAUUAAUACUGAUAAAUAAUAAAUUGGUGCUAUCUUGAUCUUCUCAUGGUAGGACCAUUUUUUCAUGAAUGUUAGAAUAAUGUUUUGUUUACACCAUUUUAAUUCAUUGUCUUCCCUUGUUUAAAGUCAGAGGGUAAGGAGAAUGACAUGGAAAAGAGGCAUACUUGAGAAAGGAGAUGAAUUUAUAAUUGAAUGAAACAGGUGCCAAAGCCAUUGUUAAAUAUAGUUGUCACAUAACAUCUGUAUUGCAUUAGCUGAAGUAUCAAUAUGGUUUGUUCUAUGGUACACGAAAGUAGUUUUUCUCUGUUAACAGGACAAAGAAACAUGGGAAGCUGUUUUCAGAACAACAGCAGAACAUCUUUUUCUAGAGUUGAAAAUGUUGUCCCCAAGUCAUGCUGCAAAAAGAUGAAAGCUACUGAUAGGCGAUAGUUGUAUGACAAGAGCUAAAGCCAAGGUUGCACUAUGGUAUGCAGUGCUACUUUCAGCAGCAGUUUGCUGUCCGUAUAAGAAGGUGUGAUUUUGCUGUUAAGUAAUUGUUCAUGUAACUAGUCUGGCUUUGCUUUUUAACUCUUUUCAGUGUCCCUUUUGCACUUUUAUACCUCAGCUGCUACUUACAGGAGAUCUAAAACUCCCAACUAUAUUUGUGUAUGGUAUUGUUGUAUAUAUAGAAAAGGGCAAUUUCUUCCAUGUGUCAUAAAAUCAAUGUAGAACUUGGGGCUAAUUUUGUGGCGAGAGGUUUUUUGAACAUCUCAUCACAACAUGGCAGCCACACUUCCUUUUCCUAUUUAAAAAAAGAAUACUUCCAUGCCUUUACCAGCAUUAUUCAAUAUCAGUCUUGCAUUGGUCACAAAGAAAAGGGGAUACCGCUCAUAGGCAGCAUCAAGAAAGGAUAAAUACACACGUUCUGAAAGCUGUUUCAUACUCUGACUUCACUUGUUUGUGCACUACAAAUGUAAUGUGAAGAAUUUAAGAAGGAAGAGGCAAUAAGAAAGAUACACUUCUUGUCUUGACAUUUUUGCAGCCUAUUCCCAUGCAUGUUUACUUGGAAGUAAUUCCUUAUGUUUAAUGGGACAUAAUCUCAUGUAAGUGUGUGUAGGAUUGCAGCCAUAAAACUAAAAUUAGGAUUUUGUUGAAUUGAUUGUCCUGCAGAUGCUAAAACUGAAAAGGGGAAUGAUCUGGUUUAGACACUCAUGCUGCAAUUGCCUCUGUACUGAGGCACAACAUUGGUGAUUUUUUGCUAAUGCCUGUGAAGUUGUCACCCAGGAGCAUGCUAUCCAUGUUCCUAUGACAAUAUAGGAACAAUGGCAUAUUUAUAACCAGUAUUAUGUUGAUCUUUUACCCUUUUGUGAAGUGACUGUGUUAAAAUGUUUGCUUAAUAUGUGGAAAUGCAUAUUUAGGUAAAGUGGGAUUUUUUUUUCCAAUUUUUAAAAGCAUAUAUAUGUUUGAAAGUGUGAAUAAGGGAAAAAAGGAAGCAAACACUAGAUAGUUGCUAGCUGGCUUCCAGAUUCCAGUAAUUUUAUGGCAGUCUUCCCCUUGAAGAGUUUAACUAUCUGCUAAAAUGUAAAUACUGAGGCUAAAGGGCUUGGUACGGUGAAUAACGGAUUUGUUUGGAGAUCCACCUUUCACUCAGUUGUUACUUUGAAUACAAUGUGCCUAUUGCAACUUUUGGAGUCUGUAUAUUAUUUAAAAUAACUAAGAUACAAAAUUAAUUUAUCUUGUUUGUAGCUUUGUAAUUAAGGAUCCAUGCUUAUAUAAAUAUGUAAUUAAAUAUUUUAUUAAUUAACCACA